AUGCUCCCCAGAAAAAUAAAUAAAUCGUAUGAGGUACAGCAGGAAUUACCCGAACAGUUGGAUGCUGAAAAUGCCUAUCAUGAUAGUACUUCUCUAAACAAGGUACCUGCUUCCAAGACGUUGAGUAUGCACACUUGCUCCAAGGUCCUGAUGCUGGUAUUGAAACGAUUCUGCCAUUUCACGGGCAGCAAACUGGCUAAGGAAGUGCAAUAUCCUGAGUGCCUUGACAUGCGACGAUACGUGUCUGGGCAGAACGGGGGGUCGCUGACUUAUGUGCUCUAUGCCGUGCUGGUGCACGCGGGCUGGAAUUGUCACAGCGGACAUUACUUCUGUUACAUCAAAGCUGGGAACGGCCAGUGGUACAAAAUGGAUGAUGCGAAGGUAACCGCCAGUGAUGCGACGUCUGCCCUGAGCCAACAUGCCUAUGUCCUCUUUUACAUCCAGAAGAGCGAAUUGGAAAGAGACCGUGGGAGUGAGCCAGGUGCUGGGGAAUCCACAUCCCUCCAGGCUGACCACGCAGGCACGGCUGCGGCCCAAGGGGGGCCUGAAACCGACCCCAACAUCGAGGUGCCACAAUUGGAGGAUCACGUGGAAGAGACACCACCGCCAGCAAUCACGUUAGACCAGUGGAGAUUCCUCCAAGAAAGCCACCGUCCCAAGUCUGGAUUCAACCUCAGGAAAUUAGAAUUUGCCCUUCCCCCCGACGCAGUCCUGAUUCACCAGUCCAAAUACAGAGAUGAGAUGGGAAAGGAUCACCGUGAACCAAACAUCUACCGGCUCAACAGUUCAGCCAGGGACGUCCCACCUCAGAGGGCAACGGCCAUUAACCAAGUCCCUUGUCUCCCCGGCAGAGCCAGAGCUACCAAGAGGAAGAACAAGAAGGGACAGAGGUCUCAGGAAGCAGUGCAGGGAUCCCACUACAGGCUUUGAGAUACAUGCCUGCCCACGUGCACACUCA